UCUGGGCCGCCAAAGCACAAUGUGCGAACUUAACUGUUGCGCCCCCAGGCUGGCCCCUAUAGGAGGUCUGGAAGUCGGGCAUAGCCCGGGUGUGGCCACCACCAGGCUCCGAUGGGUGAGCAACCUCAGGGGCCUCUCGGGUGCCACUGGCCUCUGAGAGUCUCUGAUCUUAUGCUGUGUUUUCUUGGGUCCCAUCAUGCGUGCGCUCAACAGACACCGCGACUCUGCUGACAGCAGGCACGGUGACAAUCCCUGACAAGGACAAUCCAGCCCAGGCAACAGCAUAAGGGUGAGAAUUGGAAAAUAUCAACCGUGAAGGCCCUUCGAAAGGAGGCAGGGGAAGAUUUCAUGGUUACGGGGUGGAAAAGGUGCUGCCAGGCAAGGUGUGGAAUACAGAAGACGAAACGGGAACGAUUUUGUGAUAUAAAGAUAUAAAUGCUGAGGUAAUUGGAAACACCACCAACCAAACUGAAAGGUCGGCCCCCGAGCCCUCCGCCAUGAUGGACAUGAACCUGACGCGGCCGGACAACGCCACCCUCCUGAUGCUCCAGGACCCCACGAUCGCGGUGGCCCUGCCGGUGGUGUACUCGCUGGUGGCGCUGGUCAGCAUCCCGGGCAACCUGUUCUCCCUGUGGGUCCUGUGUCGCCACAUCGGACCCCAGUCGCCGUCGGUCAUCUUCAUGAUCAACUUGAGCGUGACGGACCUGACGCUGGCCAGCGUGCUGCCGUUCCAGAUCUACUACCACUGCAACGGCCACCACUGGGUGUUCGGCGAGCUGCUGUGCAACGCGGUGACGGUGGCCUUCUACGCCAACAUGUACUCCUCCAUCCUCACCAUGACCUGCAUCAGCGUGGACCGCUUCCUGGGCGUCGUGUACCCGCUGGCCUCGGCCCGCUGGCGCCGGCGCCGUUACGCCGUGGCGGCCUGCGUGGCCAUGUGGCUGCUCCUGCUGGCCGCCCUGUCCCCGCUGGCCCGCACCGACCUCACCUACGCGGUGGAGGCGCUGGGCAUUGUCACGUGCUUCGACGUGCUCAAGUCCACCAUGCUGCCCAGCGUGGCCAUGUGGGCCAUCUUCCUGUUCACGCUGUUCAUCGUGCUGUUCCUGAUCCCCUUCGUGGUCACCGUGGCGUGUUACACCGCCACCAUCCUCAAGCUGCUGCGCACCCCGGACCCCCACGGCCGCGGCCAGAGGCGCCGCGCCGUGUGCCUGGCGGCCGUGGUCCUCCUGGCCUUCGUCACCUGCUUCGCGCCCAACAACUUCGUGCUGCUGGUCCACAUGGUCAGCCGACUCUUCUUCGGACGCAGUUACUACCACGUCUACAAGCUCACCCUGUGCCUCAGUUGCCUCAACAACUGCCUGGACCCCUUCGUCUACUACUUUGCCUCCCGCGAGUUCCAGCUGCGUCUCCGCGACUAUCUGGGCUACGGCCGGCUGCCGACCGACGGCACCGAAGCCCGCCGGGACAGCCUCUUCUCCGCCCGGACGCUGUCGGCGCGCUCCACGGCCAGCGGUCACGCCGACGGGCCCGAGGGGGCGGGCCGGCCCUGCCUCAAGAGGCAGGAGAGCUUGCUCUGAGCCCGCCGUCCCCGUCUGCUCCCUGCGCCUGGUGCAAGCCGGACCUGAUGUCCAUCUCUUUGUUUUUUCACUCCGGGCGCUGGGAGGCAGCCAGACGGCCGUGGACACGCUCCGGAUGGGGGGCUCAGGUCACCCGGUCGCCCCAGUCGGGGUGCAAGUUCGCCUUUAAAUGUCGCAACUGGAGACCGCCAGACGGGACGGCUGCCUGGGAGGUGCGAGUCAGACCCCUGCCGUGUGGACGAGAGGCUGCAGAAGCCGAGUUGGGCAAAGGAUGAUGAGUGUCUGCAGCCACCGUGGGCUCCCCGAGACGCCCUGGGGUGCCGGAGGGGGGUUCCCUCCAGCCCGUUCUCUGUGUCCCGGGAUCCCGUGGGGACCAGGCGCCCCGCGACAGCACUGGCCCCAAUUCCUCGCUGCUUCAGGACGACGAGGGGCCCCCGUCUCUGGAGGGUCCAGGAGGCCCGAACAGCGGGUCCCAGGAACCAGGCGUCCGCCCGGAACAGCAAAGUUUCUGGCGGUUUGCACGUCCCGAGGGGAUGCACGGGGUUGGGUCCAGGGCCCCUUGGCAAGAGGACGGCCCCGGAGGCUGCAAGGCCAGAACCAGGGCGGGGCCAGCAGGCCGGGACCUCGGGGACCCCCAGCAUCCCCCCCAACGGGAUCCUGGAGCCCCGGACGCUGGAAGAGGCAGGAGGGACCCCCACCCCGGAGCCUCUGGAGGGAGCGCGGCCCUGUGACCCUUGACCCCAGACUCCGGGCCCCAGGACGGGGGAGGAUGGAUGCCCGUUAAAUGAAGGCCCCCAGUUUGUGGGAAUAUCAGCUGCCCCGGGACCCUUGCACGCACAUUGCAGGCAUGCCGAAAUUCCGUGGCCGUGACGGUGGCAGAUAUCAAAGGCCGGCCCUGGGUGGGCUCCCGGGUCCUCAGAGCUGACGGGGACAGUGCAGAACGAUGGCCGGCCGGGGAGGGGUAGGGGACCCCCAAAAAGGCUGGCGUGGGUGACCCCGGAUUUUGCACUGGAGGGUGUGACUCCCUCCGUCCGCUCUUCCCGGCCGUCCCGGAGCGGAACCCUAGAAAGCGCUGUGUCGAGUCAGCGACGUCCACGGCGGGAAAUCCUGAGGCCGCCAGAAGCCGGCGCCACCCCCCCACCCCACCCCACCCCGAGUCUGGGCGUGAGCCUCCUGCGUCUGAUGCAGCGAAGCUGUGAAAAACCUCAAACCGCCCGCACAGAACCCCUUCCUCCGGCUCUGCGGAGAGGCCUCGCCCCUUGAGUGCCGGCUGUCUACGUGACAUCCUCCUCCCCGGGGCUGUCAGAUCCUCCAGCCCUCGGGGGGGGACGGGUUUCCAUCCAGACGUUGUUGCCCCCUGUGGCCACAGUCAGCCCACCCCCUAGGGGACGGUCCUCGAAGCAGAGAGGCCAGGCCCGGCCUCGCUCUGGUGUCGGCAUUCGAUGACCUUGUGUGUCUGUGUUUCCCCCAGAAACCGAAUCCGUUCUGCUGUUAACAGCAGGAACACGCUUGUAUUUACAGACACGGAAAGAAAAAGGGUGAUCCGUGCUGCAGCUCUCGGGAGGAUGUGGAGAGUGGGGGGCGCCCUCGGAGAACAAGGACCCUCGGGGACGUUCCUCAUUGUCCCCAGGCCGCAGGGCGAGCGGGUUUCUCCCUCUGACUUCUGACCCCUGCCUGCCAAACACGUGUUGGAACCGGCACGUGAUCCUCCCGCGGGGCCCCUGGAUCUUCGGGGACAACACCCUCAGUCGAUGGCAGAGUCAGGUCACUUCCGAGGACAUGGCGUGCAGCGAGCGGGGCAGGGGCACACGCGUGUGGGGUAUGCGGUGACCUCAAGGAUUUGAUGGGUGGGAACACGGGGCCGGUGGCUUUGUUGAAAAGAAAGACUAACCUGUUAAAGGUGUGCAUGCAGACAGUCACGGUACAAUGGUAUGCUGUUGGAUGUUUGCUGUGCAACACGACAGCGAGGACGUGCAUACAUGCACGCAUCCACACACACAUGCAUACACCUGUGCACACAUGCAUAUGCACACCUGUGAGCGCACACAUGUACACGUCUGCACACAGGCAUCACUCGUGCACAUGCAUGUAUGUGCACGCACAUACAAACACACACCUGCAUCCAUACGAAUGUGCACAUAUGUGCAUGCAUGCAUAUCGCAUACCUGCAUCCAUAUGCACACGCACACACAUUGCACACACGUGCAUAUAUGCACACGCACCCUUGCAUGCACAUACACAUGCAUGCACACAUGUAUACACACAUGCAUACAUAGGCACACAUACCCGCAUCACUCAUGCACAUGUAUAUAUGCACGCACAUGUGCACACACGUGCAUCACACCCAAGCCACACAUGUAUGCACAUGCACAUAUACACACGCAUCCAUAUGAACACAUCACACAUAUUGAAUGUAUGCGCACAUAUGCACACAUACAUGUGCAUAUGCAUGCAUGCCUGCACAUGUGCUCAUACACGUGCGUGCAUACAUUGCGUGCACACGCACACACGCAUACAUAUAUACCUACCUACACACGUGUACACACACGUGCGUGUGCGUGCAUGCACGUUCGGGAGGGCUGGGUGAAAGAAACAGGGCAGAACGCUGACCCUUGGUAACGGCUGAAACCUGGCGAAGGAGACGGGUUACGUGACAUCAUUCUCUUGACUUUGAGCUUCUUUGCAAACAUAAUUUUGAAAAACGUGGUGUUCUGGAAAAUGUCGCACGAGGACACUUGAUUCUGCGAGCUGUGUCCUCGCAGGCUGGGCUCCGUCUCCCUUCGGAAACGCAGAGGACGGAAGGAACCCCUGCUCUCAGCCCAGCUCUUCUUUCUUCUCCCUCUCCUUCCAAUUUUGUUUUUUUUAUUAUUAUCGCGGCAAAAUACACACAGCAUAAUCAACCGCC